UUAGUACAGAGACUUAUGUCGCCCUCUAUCUAUAUCACGUGUCAGCCUAGCCCUGAAAAUAUUCUCCGAAAGACCCAUUGGAAAGGCAUGGACGGGCCCCUCCUUUCGGAAACUCAGGGGCCCAUAACAACAGAAGCAGAAGAGGCUUCUGCGAUAGGAAGUUCAUCACUGAAAUUAGGAGCGACAUUAACUAAAAAAACCACGAGAAAACAGUCAAAAAACAGCACUUGGAUCGAGAAUGUGUCAUUUGAAGAUAGCGAUAGAUCUCAGUUUCGAAUUCAAGAUGGCGGAGCAGGUGCAUUCGAUGAAAGGGCAAGCGAAGAAUCAUUUUUGCUGCCGACUACAUCGGCGGACGAUUCAAUGGUGGCUGCUGAACGAACAAGUAUCAUUCUUUGUGAAGCAACGGGGCAAUCCACCAUAGAUAUUGCAGACAUGUUAAAUAGUCAAGACUCUGGAAUUUUAUCAGCAGGCGAUGACAGCACAUUCACAUUAACUGGUGAGCAAUCUCACGCAAAAUUGAUUAUAAACAAGUCUGUUGAAAUGAAAUCAAACCCGGAAGUACAUUCUGGGAUGUCUGCAAGCUGUGACGGUUCAGUGGAGGAAGCGAAUGCGGCAAAUUUUAAACUCCCGAAUGUAAACAAAACAUUAAAUGCGAACAACGCAAUCAGAGCUAACAGUUUUGACUUAGAAAUGACAAAUUUAGGCUUAUCACAAGAUGUUAAUGGUGAGACAGGGUUAGCUCCAAUAUUAACUGAUGCAGAAAUGGUUCAGAUUGAUCAUGAUGGGAAAGAAUAUGAGGUUGAUGCAAAAUCCUGUAGCACAGAUGUGGGUACAGCAAAUAUUGGGCAGGUGCUGAUUGAUACAAAUCAGCUUGCAGUUGCUGUAGAGUCACUGAAUGGCGCAACCAUUGAUACAUCUGGAGUUGCAACACUCAACCCUAACGUACUGCAAUUAAAUAUUAGCAAUAUCUCGCCUGUUUCGCUCAGUACGCUCGGAAAUGGACAAAAUCAGCCUCUAAUUUAUUUAUUAACUAGCCAAGAGAAAACAACCGGGUCGGUUCAGAGGUUCCGUGUCUCAAUGGAUCAAAAUACAUCCUCAUCAACUGUCAGUGAUCUCCAAUUGGAGAUGGCAGAUGCUGUUGAUUCAAACAAUACAACUUUAGAAGCUAACAAAUUGUUAACACACAUUACAGAAGGGAAAGAUGAACGUCAUAAUCAUGAGACAAUCGAAGCAAGUGCACUUCUUGAUGGUGAAGCGCAGACAGCGCCAAUGUUGUCAGUUCUCGAUGUUAUUCAGCUUAGCGAUGGUAAUCAAGCAUUUGUUCUGGAUGGUAAUACUACCACCACCACUACAAGCACACCAGUGGAAACCAUCAAACAAAAAAAAGAACCAAAGAAGAAGAAAAAGAAAGUUAAGGAGGAUGAACAGGAGCAAAAAUGUGAAGAAUGUGGAGAAAUGGUAGCGAAUAAAGCAAAGCUAAAAGUCCAUCUUCUGUCACACAAGACAGACAGGCCGUAUAAGUGUGAAGUAGAGGGCUGUGGCUGGUCUUUUCAAACAUUGUAUAAACUAAAGCGACACAAGAUGGGACACGGCGGCAAUAAACCGUUUGUAUGCAGAGUAGAGAAUUGUGGGAAGCCCUUCACCACCAUCUAUAAUCUCAAGAUCCACAUGAAUACACACUUCCGCCAAAACCUUGAAGUUUGUGACGUAGAAGGAUGUGAAGAAGUUUUCAACUCUAAGGCCAAGCUUCAAAUCCAUCAACGUAAACACUUCCUAGAUCAACAGUUACAGUGUACGCAUCCUGGCUGUGACAAGACCUUCACAACUACCAGUGCUCUUGGGUCCCAUCAGCGCAUUCAUGAGCGAGACCAGCAUUCGUUUCCCUGCCUUGUUGAGGGGUGUGGUAAGGUGUAUGAAAAGAGUUGUAGGCUGAAACUACACAUGAUGUCUCACACAGGAGAAAGACCUUUCAAAUGUACAUUUGAGGGUUGUCAGUGGGCGUUUACUUGCAUCCAGAAACUAAAGCGACAUUUGGUGCGUCAUACAGGUGAGCGCAAGUACAUGUGUAACCAAGACGGCUGCAAUAAGAUGUUUACUCGACUAGAGCAUCUCAAGGGGCAUUUAGUAUCACAUUCUGGUGAAAAGCCCUAUAAAUGCACUGUGGAAGGCUGCAAUGCAAGUUUCUCUGCAAGGAGUUCGCACUACAUGCAUGUGAAGCGCCACAAGAUGGGUAAACCAAUAAAGGAGAAGUACACAUUCUGCUGUCCAUGGGAUAAUUGCGAGAAGAUGUUCUCGUCAAGGAUGGGUGUCAAAAACCAUGUGAUCAAGACUCAUGGUACACCACUUUCAUUUGAUAAUGAAAUGGUGUUUGUGAAGCUGAAUAAAGAUGAUGGUAAAGAGGAGGAACAGGUAGAAUCAAGUCUGGCAAGCACUCAGGUACAACAGAUGACAUCACCACAGUCAGUUGAUCUAUCCCAGGUUGCAUCACUCCCCCAGGGCACAGUCGAUAUAACUGAACUGAUUACAAAUGCUGGGGAGAUAGAUAAACAGUUACUAUUACCUUCACUACCUGUCAGUGUACUUACUCAGGCAGCAGAUGCCAGCAUGAUUACUAACUACACAUCAACUCUGGGCAACAACCUCUGUGUCACUGUACCUCAAGUAGUAGAUACUCUGACAGAGGAUGUCAGUGCCAGUCGAGUGCGAUCAAAGAUUAUACAGGAGAACCAGAGUGGCUCAGCAAGAACAGACUUCAUUGCCUUGCCAAAGGAGAUUAGAAUUAGAGAGAUGGAUAGUCGAUCUGAUCUUGUCACAUCUGAGACAGUGAAGGUUUCAAGCAACUCAACUUUGUCGUUUUCAUCGUCAAUAUUUCCAUUGAGUUCUGUGUCGACUACAGGUCUGACCCUCCGUGACCCAUCCACAGGGACGCCUUAUGUCCAAACUCAGCUUUUACAGGAUGAUCCACCUGGAGAGGGUGAUGUUGCCUUCCAUCUAUCAACAACAACUGUAUCACCUCAUGCUAGUCUGGUCAAUCAGCUAUCAGUAUCCAUAUUACCAACAAGCAUUAACCAAUCACAAGAUGCAGCUAAAACUUUUCUGAAUACAGGCUCUAGAGUUACAGAUUUUACUCAGAGCACUAUUAAUUUGCAAGAUUUAGAAUGACAGUAUAAUAAAAUAAAUAAAAUAUUAUUGUAAAAAAUAUAUUAACUUAUUUAAUUUGCCUGGGUAGCUUAAGUACAGAUUAACUUCAAAGGUUCUAUACAUUUUCUUGUCCUUGGACUUGGUAGUACCUUGGAUAAAAGGGAACUUGGCAUGUAUAUCCAAUUCAGAAAAAAAUGUUACACAUCCCAUGGUAGGGAAAAUUUUAGCAUGCAGCCCUGCUACUUUGUAUUUGUGUGAAAGUGCAUUUGUGCAAGAAAGCAAAUCUCCUGUGUAAUAUAGUACUGUAAUAUCCGUGCAAGGAAAAAAAUAGAUGCCACAGAUAGCUGUAACGCUCUCGAGAUAACGUAGCAUGAAUCUGUGCAUGCUCAUGGGAUGCAGCGUAUUACUCACCGUGUUGGCAUAUAAAUGACCGUGCAGUAUUUUACUGAUUCUUAAGGUGUAAACUCACUUGUGUUCAAACGACUGAUUAUCUUUGGGAAAGUCUGUAACAUUUAGUAUGGGUCCUAUGUAACACUUUGUCUCAUGUGAAUUGGGUUUAAAGGUUGUUUUAUUGUCGCUGUGACAGUAGGAAUAUCUGUAAAAUCUAUAUAAAUAACUGACAGCCCAGUGAUUAAUCUUGCACUAUGGAAAAGGUGUUUGUUAAUACAUUAUCUAAAAUGAAUUUGUUGAUAAUCAAUUAAACAUAGGAUGCCUGAAAUAUUACUUGUUACCCUAUUGUUGGCCAGCAUUCACUACAAGGAACUUAGUACUGUACUGUAUAAAUGCUAGCAAUUAUAAAUUGUCUAUUUUCAGGAUUAAGAGAUUAAUAAUAAUAAUAAAUAAUAAUAAUAAUAAUAGUGUAGUUUAUAUAGCGCCAAAUCCAUGUAACUUCAGAUGCUCAGGGCGCUUGAUAUGUGGACUAGGAACUUGAUCAAUCUUCAAAGAAAUUAAAUAACCAUGGUUUGUGUCACUGUAUAAUGCAAGAUUUUAUUAAUACUUAAUUACAAUUACAUAUUUAUGUAAAAAAAAAAAAAAUAUAUAGUCAAACCAGGGUAAGUAAAGCAACAAAAAAAAAAGGAGUUGCUCAAAGUGAACACAAUAUAGGCAUAGGUCUUACCAACUAAGGGGUUAGUUAAUUGCAACUGGGUCUUAGGCUGUUUUCCACUAGGCGAAUUUAUUCGCGCGAAUCAAAAAUUUGUAUCCACACACAUGCACAAUUGAAGAACCUUGUGAUGAAAAUUAAACUGCAAAUUCGUAUAUGCGAAACUUUUUAAUUCGCACGAAUAAAUUCGUCUAGUGGAGAACGGCCUUUUAGUCCAAAAGUAUUUCUGAUGUACAGUAUUCUUGUACAGUAAUGUAUCGUUCAGUGUCUCCAUCUAAAUUGUACGUAUUUUCUUCCCAUAUUUUACCAGACAGUAUGUCCUAUUAAGCUGGGCAAAGACUGUUGGUCUAUGAAUCUAUCUUGGCAUUCUUUGAGCACUUCCCUGUGUGCAGAUCUCCAUUAUGCACACCGACUGAUCACUGAUUAUAAUAGUGAAGCCACUGACGCCAUCUUGGGAGCAUAAAACGUCACAAAUACGUCAUCACAGCACAAAACUUUUGAAGGCUGCACAAACAGGUGUGUUGAUUGGUUAGAGGAUGUGAACAAAAAUCAUUUGCAAAAAAAUUUUAUUGCAAUAAUCUUUGUUUUUAAAAUUAAUUUAAACAAAUGCCAAAAAGAAAUUGUCUAGGUUGGUAUGUCACAUGGGCUCUUGCAUAUGUUGUCUGUGGCUUCUUUCUGUACAAUGAUUGGCCAAUAAGCAAUGCCCAGUUAGUUUGUGUGCCCAGCUUUAAGUUGCUGCAGGUGAACUUACUUAGUAUGGUGGUCAAAAAUGAAUAAAAUAAAUACAUAUAA